AGUGUUCAGCCCAAAAAAAUGGUGUGGGGUUUAGUUACACUUUAACUGAAAAAUGAUUACAUGAGGUAUCUGACAAGUGUCACGCAGGUCAGAUGAAGAUGAAGCCUAUAAAAGCAGCUAGACCAACCAUUUCAAACUGAGAGGAGACUGACCAUCCCUGAGGCUGUUUGUGCUCUGCUGUGAGACCAGACAACUACAACCCCAGAACUUGAAAGUGUCUUCCAACACUUGUAGUCUGCCACCGCAAACAUGUGCUGCGAGUUCGGGGCCUUAAAGGAAAAACUGGCUGCUUUUGAGACCAGGCUGAAGGACAAUGAAAACCAGAUCGCGGCUCUUACAAGCAAAGAGAGAAAAACUGUGGUUUUUACUGCGGAGGUUGGUCCCAGAGGAGCCAUCAGACCUUCUGGCUCAGAGACGACCCUCGUCUACCAGAAAGUGAUCACAAAUGUUGGAAAUGCCUACAAUUCAUUCACCGGUGUCUUCACUGCACCGUAUGCUGGAGUUUAUUACUUCACCAUCUUCCACCAUGCUGGCGGACGGCCAGGCACACUGCUGUUCCUCUACAAGAACAAUGAUUGCAUCGUGCAGACCCAGGAUCACCCAGCAGUCCACGAGACGGCUCAUAAUGGGGGAAACGCUGUGUUCCUGCAGCUGCUAGAGGACGACCAAGUCUACGUGCGCAUGGAUAAAAACUCACACGUGCACGGCUCUGGGUACCACACGACCUUCAGUGGCUUCCUGGUGGAAUGUGAGGGCUGAUCAGAAAGCAGUCACUCCUGUGAUGCAGUGAAUCAUAUGGAAAUGAGUCCUCACUGUAAAGUGUCCUGAUCAAUGUCAGUGUCAUGUCACAAUAUUAUUUUAAUGUUGUUUUUUUCCUUUCAAAAUGAACCUGAUACUUUAUGACCUGAUUAAAUAGCCUCACAGAAAUGUGACAAUACAGUUUAAAUGAAUUAAAGUGAGAAAUGUCCAAUUUUUCUUCUUUUUUUUUUUGUAAAAGUUUGAACUAUGAAAAGAUUAUGAACUAUUAAAUGUUGAUGCAUCUAUAUGACUUACAGAAGCAAAAACAAAACCAAUAGCGAGAAUAUUAAAUAUUUCUGUGUAGUGAUUUUUUAAUAGUAAAUGGAAAUGAA